CUGUGAUGCGUCCUCAUAGAGGCAAAGUCUAUAAAGGACCCACGGCCGGCGGGCCGCGGCCAUUUCUCUCCCUCCCGCCUGUAAAUGUAGAACUCCUGUGCGAGUGCGCGUUCUCUCUCCUCCGCUCCCCCAGGGUCCGCGGCCGCCAUGGCGUAUUAGAGGCAGCAGUGCCUGCGGCAGCAUUGGCCUUUGCAGCGGCGGCAGCAGCACCAGGCUCUGCAGCGGCACCCCCCAGCGGCUUAAGCCAUGGCGCUUUUCACGGCAUCCAGCAGCAGCGUUGCUGUAACCGACAAAGACCUCUUCGAAUCAAGCACAUUCCUCGAUUCCAGUAAAGUCCCGCGACAUGGCCGAGAUGAUGAGCUUCCUGAGCAGCGAGGUGUUGGGGGGGGACUUGAUGUCCCCCUUCGACCAGUCGGGUUUGGGGGCUGAAGUAAGCCUAGGUCUCUUAGACGAUUACCUGGAGGUGGCCAAGCACUUCAAACCUCAUGGGUUCUCCAGCGACAAGGCUAAGGCGGGCUCCUCCGAAUGGCUGGCUGUGGAUGGGUUGGUCAGUGCCUCAGACAACGGCAAGGAGGAUGCCUUCUCCGGGACAGAUUGGAUGGUGGAGAAAAUGGAUCUGAAGGAGUUUGAUUUUGAUUCUCUGUUCAAUAUAGAUGACCUGGAAACCAUGCCAGAUGAGCUUUUGGCCACUUUGGAUGACACAUGUGAUCUCUUUGACCCCCUAGUCCAGGAGACAAAUAAGGAGCCCCCCCAGACCAUGAACCCAAUUGGCCAUCUCCCAGAAAGUUUACCCAAAACAGACCAGGUUGCCCCUUUUACCUUCCUGCAACCUCUUUCUCUCUCCCCAGGGGCCCUGUCCUCCACUCCAGAUCAUUCCUUUAGUUUAGAGCUAGGCAGUGAGGUGGAUAUCUCUGAAGGAGAUAGAAAGCCAGACUCUACUGCUUACAUUCUCAUGAUCCCUCAGUGCAUAAAGGAGGAGGAUGCCCCCUCAGAUAAUGAUAGUGGCAUCUGUAUGAGUCCUGAGUCCUAUCUGGGGUCCCCCCAGCAUAGCCCCUCGACUUCAAGGGGCUCUCCAAGUAAGAGCCAGCUGUCUCCAUGUUCCCUCUGUGGUUCUGCCCGCCCCAAACCCUAUGAUCCUCCUGGAGAGAAAACGGCAGCAAAAGUAAAGGUGGAGAAGUUGGAUAAGAAGCUGAAAAAAAUGGAGCAGAACAAGACAGCAGCCACUAGGUACCGCCAGAAGAAGAGGGCGGAGCAAGAGGCCCUUACUGGCGAGUGUAAAGAGCUAGAAAAGAAGAACGAGGCUCUGAAAGAGAGGGCAGACUCUUUGGCCAAGGAGAUACAGUAUCUGAAAGAUUUGAUAGAAGAGGUCCGAAAGGCCAGGGAGAAGAAAAGGGUCCCCUAGUUGGGGUUGUCAGCGGAGUAUGUGCUUGUACAUAGGCUUGUGCUGCAGCUGUGUGUUGUAAUAAAUUAUUUUGUAGUGAAAGUA